AUUAUAACUGGUAGGGGAUACACAGAGCAAGCAUGGCCACGGCUGCCUCUAAUCCCUACAGCAUCCUCAGCUCCAGCUCCUUGGUCCAUGCAGACUCUGCGGGCAUGCAGCAAGGGAGCCCUUUCAGGAACCCACAGAAACUACUCCAAAGUGACUACCUACAAGGAGUUCCCAGCAACGGACAUCCUCUAGGACACCACUGGGUGACCACCUUAAGUGAUGGUAAUCCUUGGUCAACAAGCCUAGGGACCAGUCCUUUGGACCAACAGGAUAUUAAACCAGGGAGAGAAGACCUUCAGCUAGGGGCUAUCAUCCACCACCGGUCACCCCAUGUUGCCCACCACUCACCCCAUACAAAUCAUCCCAAUGCUUGGGGGGGAAGCCCAGCUCAUAACUCAUCUCUCACCUCCGGUGGACAACCUAUAAAUGUCUACUCUCAGCCAGGGUUCACUGUCAGUGGGAUGCUUGACCAUGGAGGUCUCACACCACCACCUCCAUCAGGUACAUCGCAAAGCUUGCACCCUGUUCUUAGAGAUGCCACGGACCAUGGGGACAUGGGGUCCCACCAUUGCCAGGACCAUUCCGACGAGGAGACCCCAACAUCAGACGAGCUAGAACAAUUUGCCAAGCAGUUCAAACAAAGGAGGAUCAAGCUUGGAUUCACCCAAGCAGAUGUUGGCUUGGCUCUGGGGACUUUGUAUGGAAAUGUCUUCUCCCAGACCACGAUCUGCAGGUUUGAAGCUCUACAACUCAGCUUUAAGAACAUGUGUAAAUUGAAACCUCUGUUAAACAAGUGGCUGGAAGAAGCAGACUCCUCCACAGGUAGUCCCACCAGCAUUGACAAGAUAGCUGCCCAGGGCAGAAAGAGAAAGAAAAGGACCUCUAUUGAGGUGAGUGUAAAGGGAGUGCUGGAGACCCACUUUUUGAAAUGUCCCAAACCUGCUGCCCAAGAGAUCUCCUCCUUGGCAGACAGCCUCCAGUUAGAGAAAGAAGUGGUACGUGUCUGGUUUUGUAACAGGAGACAAAAAGAGAAAAGGAUGACCCCACCAGGAGAUCCACAACAACAUGAGGUUUAUUCUCACAAUGUAAAAACAGAUUCAUCUUGCCAUGAGCUUUGACUAUAAAGCAAGAGGUCAAUCAGAACUGGAGGAUAAGUGGAUUUAAAGAACAAAAAAUGAAGGGUUCCUUUUUUAACUUAUGUAUUGGCGGAAAAAAAAAACAUUAUACCUUAAAACAAUAAGACAUAGGAGCUAUAAGUUCCAUAUCUGGGCAAUAUAACUGAUAACAUGCUGGUAACUCUUAAAAAGAAUUUGCUCUUUCUGGUGUAGAAAGACAGCUGUGCCUCCAAACCCACCUCCCUGCGCCUUGGCUACAUCACAUAUAUAUAUCAGGUGACUUUGUUUUAAAAUAGACUUAGUUUUAUUUGCAAU